AUGAAACCAUAGGCAAUUUCUAAAAUUAAGAAAGCUAUUAAAUAAUUCGAUCUCUUUGGAGUAGAAUUGAACUUGAAUAUUCGUUAAUAAGAUAAAUAUCGAAGUGCCUGUGGUGGUAUUGCAUCAUUAAUUAUGAUUUUCUUAUUAAGCUAUAUAUUCACUAAUCGAUUCAUCAAUAUUAUUAAUAAAGAAGAUUAUACAGUAAUUUAUGUUUUUCAUUUAUAGAUCAAAGUUCAAUCUUUGAAGAGUGCCAAUCCAAUAUAUAAUAUUAUGAAUAGCUAAAAUUUUAUGCUAGCAAUAAAAUUAAGUGAUCCAAUAUAAAAGUUUUAUCAAAAUGCAACUAAAACUUCUUACAAAAUUUCAAUCUAAUAAUAUAUUUAAAAAAGCAAUUAAAAUGGAACUAAAACUAAAGAACUAUUAAAAAUUUAUAAAUUAGAAGAAUGUACAAUUAAUCAUUUUGAUUCAGUCAAUUUUAUUGAUUAUUCAUACAUUUUUAACCAGUUAAAUUCAUAUUUAUGUUUACCUUUAAACUAUGAACUUUAUCUUUAGGGCAGUUAUAAUUCUGAAAUUUUUUUUUAUCCUAAAUUAAUGGUUGAAAUUUGUAAGGAAGAAUCAGAAUUCUGUUAUUCUUAAGAAGAAAUUUAAGCUUUUAAACAUAAUCAAUUAUCUACAAUUACACUUUCUACUUUAAUUAAAUCAAGUUUAUUUUUAUUUAAUGAAACAUAAAAUUCAUUAUAUCAUUAUAUUGACUCUGACUUUUAUUUAGAAACGGAUUUAUCACAUUAUUCUACUGCAGAUUUAUUCUUUUAAUUCAAUAAAAUAAAUAUAGAUGAUAGAUUAUUGAGUAUGAUGGCUACCUCUACAGAAGAAUUAGAUUAUUGGUCAUUUUCAUUGCCAAAUUAUCGUUAAUUUUAAGUAAUCUUAAAAAAUUAAAUAAUAGAGAUAAGUAACAACAGUUGAUGUGUUAUUUGAAAUUAAUCUUAGAAUUAGCCCUGAAUAAUAAGUUACAACUAAAACAGUUUAAAGAUUUGAUUAAUAUUUAUCAUAUUUAGGAGGUAUGUUAAAGUUUUUUUCAGCAUUAUUUGGAUUUGUAGCUAUUUAAUAUAAUCUUUUGGCCAUGAGAAUUUCUUUGGCUAAUGUUUUAUAUGAAUUUAAUCUUCCUACAUAGGAUUAAGGAAGAGUCAAAUUUUCUUAUGAUAAGUUAUUAAAUUUCAUUUAAUUAAAAAUAAAUAGAGUUGAUGACUUAAUUGGAAAACUUAAAAGUUAUGCUCAUUAGGUUGUAAAAUUAAGCAAUAUAACAAGAGCAUGGACAUCGUUUUCAUCUAGUGCUCGAUUCUAAAAAUAAGAAUAACGUGAAGUAGGAGAACAUCAAUAUUCUAAAUAAGAAAUUAAUGAGUAUACUGAAAAAUUAAAGGAAAUGAAAGAAAGUUUUCUAUAUAGUCUAAUAUAAAAGAUUUUAGAUACUAAAAAAUAGUUAAAGUUAGGAAUUAAUUUUUUUACUCUUGCUUUUUAUUGUUGUUCAUGUUUUUAGAAGGUUUAGGUUACAAGAAAAUUGUUAAAAUAAUGUGAUUUAAUGAUUAAAAGAGAUUUAGAUAUUGUAACAAUAUUAAGCAAAAUCUAAUAGAUAGAAAAAUUAAAGGCAAUUUUAUUGGAUUAAAAUUAAAUUUCUGUGUUUGAUUAUAUUCCAAAACCUGUUAUAUUUGUUGAUUAACAUUAUUAAAUAACAACAGAUGAAAAAUUAUAAUAAAAUUAACUAAUUUAAAAAAUAAAUUAAUAAAAGAGAGCAAGAAUAUUUAAAAGGAGAAUAAAAUAUAAUUCUUAAAAAAAAUUUGCAAAAAUUUACUUUUCUUAUUUAAAAUUGAAAGAUUAAAAAAAUGAUAUUAAUAAUAGAAUAAUUUCUUUACUUGGUCCUACAAUGGAGAUGAUUUUUGAAAAAUAUCAUGAAAUAUAAGAGAUAGCGAAAUAAAGAGAAGAUUUAAAUUAAACAAUAUAAAUAGUUCCUAUAUAAUCAGAACAUUUUGAAUUACAGACUUGUAAUAAUUAAAAAUCAGAGACUAAAAUAAAUUUUAAAAUAAAAUAAAUUAAUAUAAAUGAUGAUGGUAAUAUAGAUUUUUAAGGAGAAUGA